GUUGAGAUUGGACAACCCUGUUGACGAUUACCACGAUGUCGUCUGGAUUACAAACAAGAAAAAAUCAAAUACCAACAACAUAUGAUGUUUUUGUUGGUAACCUUCCAGCUGAUGCUGAUCAUAAAAAAGUUGGUAAAGUAUUUUCCAAAUUUGGGGAAGUACAUAAUAUAUGGAUCAACAACUCUUCAGAUGGAAACAAGUUUGGCAUAAUCAAGUUUUAUUGUGAAGAAGAUUGUUUAAAAGCUAUAGAGGAGACCAAUGGAAUGGUUUUUGAAAAUGGAAACAAAAUACUUGUCAAAAAGGCAGUUAAACGGGGAAUGCCUGUGAAAAAAGAUGGAGACAUGGAAGACAAGUGUGAGAAGGAAGACAACAAACAAACAAUGUUUAUGAAGCAAAGAAACCCAGAUAUUGUUCCAACCUUUGAGGCAGUACCUGUUCAACAAAACCGAAGGGAUAUGGAAAGAGUUUUAAUCACCCACAUUGAAACACCAGUAAUGAUGUGGGGACAGAAAGUUUCCCAAGACAAUAUCACUGAACUGAAUGGUAUUGUAAAACAACUAGCAAUCAUUUGUCCAGAAGCUCCUAAACUGAUGGGGAAACCAGAAACAGACAAAAUAUACGGUGCUAAGUUUUCUGAAGAUCAGUGCUGGUAUCGGUGCAUUGUACGAUACAUCUACAGCAUAGACAGGGUUAAGGUUCAGUAUGUUGAUUUUGGCAACACAGAAGAACUAGAUCCAUCCACUUUGGUAGAGUUACCCAAAUCUUUGACUGCUCCACCGUCAUGUGCUGUCAAAUAUAUGCUACACUCACUUUGGUGCAACAGCAACCAAGAUGCCAUGGCAUUAAAGUUCUUACGAGAAUUAGUGGAAGGCAAAGAAGUUGAUGUCUGUACAACAGCUCGUUUAUCAGAUCAAAUGGGCUUCUUUGCUGAAAUGUACUGCAAUGGUGUUAGUGUCAAUGAGAAAAUGUUGGAAAAUGGGUAUGCCUUUAAGAAGCCUGGGCUUGAUCAGAGAGGGGUAAAGCCUCGAGUGCAGGGACCAACUGGAGAUGGCACUGUAAAUAACCGGUUGUCUUAUAAGCACAUGUAUUCCAAUAUAUUGGAAGUACAACCAGAAGUCUACAAGUUAUGUCCCAUUGUAGUGCUAAAUGAUAGUGGCAGUCAACCAGAGUCUACCACUAAACCUUUAGAUGAUUUCAAGAAAAUAUUUAGCUCAAAACACUCUAACAGUGGUCGUAAAUCAAAUAGUGUCAAUCUGGGCAUGAAAGGUACACUGCCAAAUGUACGUGAUGGUCCUCGAAAGUUUGAGUCUGACAAAGAUGAAAUAAGUAAUUUGCGCUGGAAACUAAAGAAUCUCCAAACAGAAUACACAAGUUUAUCUAAUAAAGCUCAGGAAAAUGAUUUAUCCUCCCAGAUAAAGAAUCUCCAGGCGCUUUCAAGUUUAGUAAGAAAAUUACGCAACCAGUUUCCUAUGAACAAAGAAACCCCUCUGGAUUGUGCUCUUGCUUUGAUUCAAGCUCCUGGUAAAAUAAAAAUUCAAAUGGUUCAGUCUCUGCCUGAUGCACACAAGUCUAUCAAAGUCUAUAGGAAUGCCCAGGAUGAGAUAAUCAAGUGUUCUGAUCCUGCUCUUCUUAUAGAGAAAACAGUAGCUAGAGAUUUGCUGAGAAAGGACCUGCAUGACAAGCUGAGUCUGACUAUUGGUGAAAUCAGUAAAGUCUCACUAAAAGACAGGGGCAAACAAGUGCAGGAUGUGGUAUCUUCCCUAACAAAACACUAUGACACGUUUACCAAAUACACUAUAUCACAGCUGCCUCCUGUUGAUAGAUUGUUGCCUACUUUUGAAGAAUGGAAGAUGAAAAAGAAAAAUGAAAUUAUUGGUGCCAGGCUAAAUAGUGACAGUAUAGAAUGUUCAGUGAAUUCUGUCUUGGACCAGUUGAAAAAUUCUAUUUCUCUGAACCCUGAUGUUGAUGCAGAAGAUUUGACUGAGGAUCUGGAUGCAACCCUGAAAUAUUAUACCAAGGCCUUACAACAAGAAGUAGCUAUAGCUGAGACUGAAAACAGUUGUGAUGCUAUUUUUCUUGCAACAUUAGUUCAAACUCUCUUGAAUGAACUAAAAGAUGAAGCCAAUGCUGUUGAUCAACUGUAUAAAGUUCUACAUGAGUUCACCAAACUUAAAGAGGACAUAGCACCAUGGUUAGAAACCAAACCCUGUACUGAAGAACUCCAAGCUGUGCGACUUAAGUUGAAAAAUCUUAAAUCCAAGCUUCGUCAUAAGCUAGCGGAUAAAGUUGAUGCUGAAGAGAAUCAUGAUGCAAGUGAACUGGAGCAAGUGGCUAGAGAUCUAGAAAAUAUAAGAAGUAACAUUCAUAAAGCUUUGAAAGAAGAAGACAGAAUCAUGGUUGGUCUCAGUGAUCUAGCUAGAGCACAUUUCCCUGAACUCAUAAGUGCCGACUCUGAUAUUGGUUUCAGCACAUAUUUAACCUACAAUGGAUUGGUCAAAUUGUCUCAUUCUCCUGACCAAUAUAAACUGUCCAGUGUAGGCAACAGCUUGAGUGGGAUGUUCAUUUCACAACUGGAUAAUGAACCUGUCUUUAUUAAGGAAUAUUUUCUAGGUUCCAGCAAACUGGGGAAGGAUGAAAUUCUAUCACAAAUGGCACUCUACUCUAACGCUUCCUCUCCUUUUCUUGAACCUGUAUAUGCUGUGUUUUUUGACAAGGAUAGUCGGCAUAUGUAUGUGGAAGUCAAGAAGAAUGGAGAGCUUCUGUCAACACUAGUUGAAUCUGGAUCUCUCUCCAAGCAGCAAUGUCAGUCAAUUGUAAAUAGCUUGUGUAAAGCACUUCAAGCAUUGCAUCUCUUCAAUUUCGUGCAUGGGCAAGUACAGCCUGAGUAUGUUGUUGUAGAUGAAGAGGGCACUGCUAAGUUACUUCCUCCAAAUUUUACAUUAACUGAUGAUGAUAGGUGCCACAGCAAAUAUAGCACCAGCAGUGGCAUUGAAUUAAUGGCCCCAGAGAUGAAGCAGAAUAAAAUGUCAUUUGAACCAGCACAUGUUGUUGAUGUUUAUUGCUUAGGUCUGCUUACUUUAUGGAUGCAUUAUCCCAAUGUUUCAUUUGUGGAAACCAGAGAUGGGGGUGUAGAUUUUUCGUUUGUUCCUCUGGAUUACAAUCUAAAUAUAUUUCUACAAAAUGUUUUGAAAAGCAACCCACUACACAGACCAACUGCAGAGAACUGUUUAAGAUCUGAAUAUCUCUGUCAGUCUAUUGGCUCAGAUACUCAGGGAGCAAUAUUUGGAGAGAAUUCUUUUGGACAAGAUUCAGCAUUAGGAAGGAAUUCUGCUAGUCCGGCCUCUGUUUUGUCACAGAGUAGUAACGACUGUCCUGUUUUGUCAGAAAGUGGACCACAGAUAAUGGUCAAUACUAGAAUACCCCCUCCUUCUAUACCACUAGAGGGUCAAGGAUUUACAGGUCAAUCCAAUCUAAAUAACAGCUCUCAACUGGCACUUAAUCUACAACAGCCAGCCCAUUUCUCUCAGUCAGCUCACCAGAACCAAAUGCACCUUCAGCAGCACCAGUACCAGCAAUACCAACUGGAACAUCUGCAGCAUGUGCAGCAGCAACAAUUCACUGAGCAGAACCCAGCCAUAGACACGCCUGACUUAACUACUACUCAUGAUGCAGCAGAUGGGAAUGGAGUAUUUGAAAUUGGAACUUUUGAUCCCAAUGCAUAUGAGGUAGUGACAAGUCCCCAACCUCUAACUGCAGUCAGAACAGAUGAAGAGAAUUUGAUAGCAACCGACCAAUCAGACAAGGUAGAAAUUGAUGGAAAUCUGGAUGAUGAUGAUCAGUGGGUUGAAGAAGAUGAAAACUGAU